AUGGUGCAGGAAAACAUUUUUCUCUUCGUUCCUAAUCUGAUUGGUUAUGCCCGUGUGGUGUUGGCGCUGGUGGCAUUUUACCUGUUGCCCUGCUGUCCGUGGCCUGCGGUCUUCUGUUACUUGCUGAGUGGCCUGAUGGAUUCCUUUGACGGCCACGCCGCCCGAGCACUGAACCAAUCCACAAAGUUUGGGGCCAUGUUGGACAUGCUAACAGACCGCUGCGCCACCAUGUGCCUGCUGGUGAACCUGUCGCUGCUUUACCCAAAGUACACCUUCUUGUUCCAGCUCAGCAUGUGUCUGGAUAUCGCCAGCCACUGGCUGCACCUGCACAGCUCAGUCAUACAGGGAUCAGCCAGUCACAAGACCAUUGACCUCUCUGGAAACCCGAUCCUUCGUCUUUACUACACAUCCAAGCCUGUGCUGUUUGUCAUGUGCAUGGGGAACGAGCUCUUCUUCUGCCUCCUCUACAUUCUCUAUCACAUCGAGCAACCUGCAGCCUGGUUCUACUGUUUGCACGGAAUCUGCGGAAUCAUCUGCCUGCUGAAGUCCGGCAUCAGCCUGCUGCACCUCAUCACCGCCUCAAAGAACAUGGCCGCCCUUGAUGCUGCAGAGCGAGAAAAAAACAUUACCAAGAAGGAGUGAGAGGCUGCAGAAUGAGGAGGUGGAGCAGCUUCUGUGCCUGGUUUUCUGUUUUUAUUCUUGGGUACAAAGUGUGGCAGCUAAAGUAAAGAACAGCUUUUCCGAUGGUAAGAACGUCAACGACCAAAAACUGUCCAUCUGCAAUUUCAGAGCCAGAUGCUCGAGAAGCUUUUUAUGAGCCAAUGAUAUCAUCUGACAAACUUCAGAGAUUUAAAUUCUGAAAUCCCAAAAUUGAGAAGUUGGCAGCUGUUAUUUUUGACACUCAAAAUUGUUGAUAGUU